AUGGCCCAAUUCGCGUAUGUCGGCUCCGGCCCGUACUGUUUCACCAACUCGCUAGCCAUGAUGACUGGUGACCAUAGCACAGCCGUCAUUGAAUUUGCUACUGGCAGUCCCUUUGGCAUGCAGACCUUUGGCAAUCUUGCCUUCUUCGAUCCCUACGGCUGGGAUCCUCUACAAGGUCUCCCGCUUGCGCUCGAGGCCAUGGGCUGGGAGUCGACAGAGGUAGUCGGCGCCAACGAGGAAGAGGCCAUCAAGAAUCUCAAGGAAGCGCUUAUCAAAGGCCCAGUCUUUGUCGGUCCUCUGGAAAUGGGCCUCUUAUCGUACAACCCUAUAUCGACAGGCCCCAUUGGUGCAGACCACUAUGUUGUGGUGACACGGCAUAAUGAUGACAUGUUGGAGCUGCACGAUCCCCAUGGCCAUCCGUAUGCCACGAUACCCCUCGACGAGUUUAUUAAGGCGUGGAAGACGGAAACGCUAGGUUACGGAAAGUCUUAUACCAUGAGGACCGACUUCAAGAGAGUGCAGCACUACUCGGAAGAGGAGGUCAUUAAGAGAAGCUUGGCCAACAACCUCACGUGGCUGUCAGGAUCCAAGGGAGGAGACAUACCGCCAGAUGGCCGCGCCAAUGGAGAGGCUGUUCAGGUGUUGAGUAGUAAGCUGGAGGAAGAUCUGCCGCCAAGCCUGAGAGGCGACAUGAUCUUCUUCAUGGUCAGAGUCGGCGCACGACGAGCCGCUGACGGCGCUACAUGUCUCGCACGCAUUGGCUACGACGAAGCGGCUAGCAUCAUGACAGAACAAGCCCGUUUAAUCGGAUCACUACAGUAUCCCGCUGUUAAAAAGGAUGCUGCAGAGAUUCGUCGCAUCCUGGCCAAGCUUGCGCCGACAUACGACGCCUUAAAAACAGCGCUGGAAGCCAAGCUCGGUCAAAAGAAGUAA